AAACUUCUUUCUUCAUUUCCCAAAACCUAAAUUUGCCAAAAAUCAAACAAACCUAAAACCCUCUAAAUUCUCUCUAACAUCCGGCCACUUAAUUUCUUCAAAAAAAUGGCUGAAAUCGUAAGCCCUAUCCGUACACCGGGCCAGUACAAACAGCGAGCACCGGUCUUAUCUCCAGACCGACCAUUAUUCCUCGGAUCCAAUGACGACAAGCUGGAGCGUGCUCAAGCACGCGCCGCUCGCGCUGCCGCAAUUCGCCGAAAACCGGUCACGCAACCGACCGAUGCUUCUCCGACCGAUCCGUGUCUAGGUCAAGAACAGAUUAUGGAGUUGUUUCAAAAUUGCAUCAAAUUAGCCAGUGAAAAUAAAAUUAAUCAGAAGAAUACAUGGGAGUUGAAUUUGAUAGAUCAUCUUUGCGAUAUUAUCAAAGUCGAAGAAGAGAAUGACGUCGAGACGAAUUUUCAGAAGGCGAGCUGCACUCUUGAAGCUGGAGUUAGAAUAUAUUCAAUGAGGGUAGAUUCAGUUCAUUCUGAGGCUUAUAAGGUUCUUGGAGGAAUUAGUAGAGUUUCACAGGACACUGAACAUGAUAGUGUAGAGGAAGGUAACGCCGACAAUGUGCAAGCUGAAGGCACUUCGAAGAAAGAGAAGGAACGCAAGUUAUCUCCUUUAACAACAUUGGAAUCAUCCUUCGAGGCUAUUAAUGUGAAGAAGUUCGAUGUUGCAUUUGCUGUGGAUCCUCUGUAUCAUCAGACAACUGCACAGUUUGAUGAAGGUGGAUCAAAAGGUCUCUUGCUGUAUAACCUCGGAGUCUAUGGUGGAUGCAGAAUGGUUUUUGACUCAUCAGAAGUACCUGGGAAGUGCAUGACAUGCUCAAGUGACCGUGAUAAAAUAGAAACGAUUGAUAUUUCUUAUGCAACAGACUGUGUUGAACAAAUGGUAUCAAACUUUUCAAAGAAACUAGAAAUCACACCAACUCUCAAGCAAAUAGUUGAUAUGUUUGAUGAAGAUAAUAAAAGACCAACAGAUACCUUUUCUUCCCAAAGGUCUGUGGAACCAGACCAUGAAGCUAAUGGUGACGACUACAUUGAUGAUGGGCAUGAUAACUCAGAAACAUGGGACUUUGUGAAUGAAAAUCAGACAAGCCUUAAUGAUGAGGGCACCUAUGAGGGAGAAGAGGAAUAUUUUGUUCCGGUUCAUCAUGAGGAUAACGGUACAUAUGUUUAUCAUGAUGUUGAUGUAGAUGACAAAUCUCUGACAGUUGACAGUUUCCUAUUUCUAAGUCUUGGUCAAAUUGGAAAACAAAAUGCCUGGGCAGGCCCUGAUCACUGGAAGUACAGGAAGACUAAAGGUCCAGAAGACCUAGAGAAGGAAAAUGGAUCACCAGUAAUGCCUAAAAAGCAAAGGAAUAAGAAACAAGCUGAACCCGAUAUAGAUUUUAUGAAAGCUUUGGAGUUGGACAGUGAUGUGAGUAAUAUUUUUGCUCCUCCUAAAAAUCCCAACACGUUAUUGUUGCCUGCGAAAAGUAGAGAACUCUGUAACACAACACUUCCCGAAGAUUGCCAUUAUCAACCAGAGGAUCUUGUCAAGCUAUUUCUUCUUCCAAACAUUACGUGUCUUGGGAAAAGAGGAAGGAAGUCUUCCGAUGAGCCUGGUCAAGAAGCAGAAAGGAAUACCGAAAAUUUUGCAUCUUGGGAUGAUGAAUGUGGUCAAUUUGAUGAUGGAAAUGCUUAUAGUGAUGUUGAGGACUCUGCCACACUUGUCUCUCAACCCCGUCAGGUGAAUAAGAUUGAAGUCGAAUAUGACAAAACAUCAAAGCAAGUUGAUGUUCAAGCGCUCAAAGAAAUUCUUUGGUCAUCAAUGCAAGAAACACAUGAAACAAAGACAUUUUCUUUUAAGAACAUAUUGGCAUCUUUCCCUACCGAUCAGAAGAAACCAGCUGCUGCAUCACUUGACAUCAUCUCCCCACAUUUGUGUUUUAUCUGUGUAUUGCAUUUGGCUAAUGAGCACGGAUUGAGCAUUCAUGGAUGUGCCGACUUGGAGGACCUCACAAUACACCUUCCGUCUGAAUAGUCUUAAUUGGUGCCAACACCAUUGUAGGGUAACAUAUAGCUGUUUCCGUUUUAUUGUAAAAUCUGAUAUUAAAAGAUGUGUCUUUUUCAAGUUAUAUUUCUUAUAACGUGUUUAACCUGAUGUAACUGAGAUUGUCUUGCAAAACAUUAUACGGGCAAAUUGUUGGUUUAAACGGGUAUCUAUAUGUACAUUUCUAGAGUUGCAUGUAAUUGUUAUUUUCAUAAUAAAUAAUAGAAUUACU